AUGACAAACGAAGGUAACCCGAAGAAAAAACAUAAAGGGAACAAAGGAGUUGCCAUUCCGGUUUAUAAUAAAAAUAGUAAAACUACCCUCGAAUCAUCAGAGUCAACUAAGAUGGAAGCCCACACCGCUCCAAGCAGUAAGGACAGCAAGAAGUUCGUAUCGGUUGCCACACAGACGGAAGAAGAAACCCAAAAUUCAGUUCCCGGACAAAAGUUUGGAAAUAUUUCAAAUAGCGGUGGAAUUAGUAACGUUCAAAUGAGAACCGAUGCCUAUCUUGUUCCGCAAAUACCAAGAAUUCCCAAAACACUAGAAGAAAAAGAGUCAACUCGAAGAUUGAUAGUAGUGUUAGAACGAGCAUGUUUGGAGACUUAUAGGGUUGCCAACACAAAACCACCUCAAUAUCAACUGAUUAAUUGCGACGACCAUCAAAAAGCUUUGCAAAAAUUGGGCAAUUCGAAAAAUUAUAGGCCCGAUAUUACACACCAGUGCAUGAUGGCAUUGUUGGAUAGUCCCUUAAAUAAAGCCGGGUUAAUGCAAGUUUACAUUCACACAACAAAUAACGUGCUUAUAGAGGUUAGCCCUCAUGUGCGAAUCCCACGAACGUUUAAGCGAUUUUCGGGCCUCAUGGUGCAACUUAUUCACAAACUCAGUAUACAUUCGACGGACGGCAAUGAAAAAUUAUUACGCGUUAUCAAAAACCCGGUGACAAAUUAUCUUCCCACAAAAUGUGUGAAAUUAGCAUUAUCGUAUGAUGCUACUCCAGUUCGUCUAUCAAAUUAUCUACCCACAUUACCUCCAGAUCACUCAAUCUGCAUUGCCGUUGGCGCUAUGGCCCACGGCUCGGAUAACUUUGCUGAUGAAUGGAUCGAUAAUAAAAUUGGGAUUUCUCAAUAUCCACUAUCAGCCGCUGUCGCGUGUUCAAAGUUCUGUUGUGAAUUAGAAUCUUUUUGGGGGAUAUGGUAA